AUGGCAGAGAAGGAUACUUAUAAUAACCCUAUUUCUGAUACAAACGAUAACAAUUUUUCAUUAACAUGUCCUCCUGCUUUUAAACAUUCACAAUCUUCUAAACUAGUAUAUAAUUUAGAUUGUAAAAUGCCUUUUGUUCACCCACCUAAUUUGUCUUUGUAUAAUAAACCAACACUAAGAAAUCCAAUGCCUUAUAAUUGCGAUGUUAGCAAUUUAAACCAUCAAGAACAUUGUGUACCAGACUAUCAGAGUAUAAGCACUUUUCCACCUCUUCCAGAUAAUAUUGAUAAAGAAUAUAUCCUUAAAUAUUUAUGUCCUGUAAAAAAUGCUGUAAAAGAUGAAACAUUUAAUAUUUGGUUUGAAAAUUGGAUAGCUAGCAAAAAAAAUAAAAUAAUUCCGAAUACAAAAUCAUCAAAUAUAAAGGUACUUUUAAGAAAAACAAAAUAUCUUAUUUAUUAUACAAACACUUAUUAAAUUAUAUUUUUAGAUACAUGAAAUAAGUAAUAAAGUGAUAAAAUGUAAAAUAUUGUUAGAAAACAUGAAAAAUAACAAGCAAUGUAUGGAGCAAAAUAUUUUAACCAUGAAUGAAACUGAAUGGAAAAAUGUUUGUUCUGAUUUAUAUUUGGUUAAGGUACACAAACGAAUAAUAAUAACCUUAAAAAAAAACAUUUUAUUAAAUGAUCAUACAUAUUUAACAGGAAAAAUUAGAUACUCUAAUAGAAACUUUAAACUUGGAUGAUAAUUCUAUAUUGGAAUUAAAGUUUAAAUUAUCAAAAAGAAAAAGUAAGAGAGCCAGAUUGAGGAGAUUUAAGUCAAACAUAAAAAUAAUUAAAUUGCAACAAAAAAACAAAGUCGAAGAACUAAACAGAAAAAUUGAUGCUUGGCAAAAUUCUUUAAAGGCAAUUAUAUUGAAAGAAAACAUGGUAAUUUCUAAAUAAUUAUGUUAAUAGUCUUUUUUAAAUUUUUUUAUUAAUAAGUUGGUGGAUUUAUUUAGUUAAUUUGGUUUUAACUUUCAGGUAAAUGAAACAAAAAUUGAAGCUAACAUUGUCCUCAAAGUUAUCAGAGGGAAAAUUGACGAUGCUAAUAAUCAAUUAACAUUGUAUGAUACUUUGGAUAAAUUAAGAAAAUUUAGACUUCUAAACCGUAUUAACAAAAGAAGAAAUCCACUUUUAGAAGAAUCAUUAAGUAUGUUUAUUAUUUGCUAUAUUAUUCCUUAUUUAUAUUUAUGUUAUUUAUACACAAAUAGAUAAAUUAAAAACACUUUGGCAGCAAAAAUUAGCUUAUUACAAUCGAGAAGAAGAAGAAUUGAGAAAUAUGCUGUCUCAAGCUGAAGCUAAAAAAAAUGAAAAACGAGAAAUUGAAAUUCAAAACAAAUUAGCUAAAUGGGAUGAAAUCAUUUUUGGACCAAAUGUUCAAUCACAUAAUAUUAUAUUUGAUGAUCUGCAUACAUUCCUUGAUAUUCGGUAAAAUUGAGAUAUUUAUUUUUAUUUUUUUAAAUUAACCAUUCAUUUUUAUAAUAGAAGAAACUGGGAUAAAUAUGUUGUCAAUGAAAGCAAAACACCAAAAUGUAGCAGUAUUCCUGUAGGUUGGAUCAUACCACCCAAGUCUUGUAAUUCUGAUUGGGCUAAAUAUUUAAAUAAAAUCAAUGUAUUAUAA